AGCGUUAGCCAGCGAGCCCAGGGAGACGCCCGAGAGGAGCUGGAAGCCGCGCCUCGGGGGACCAAGCACAGCCGCCCCGCCGCCGCCGCCGCCGCCGCCGCCCCGGACCCAGCCGGAUCGAACCCGCGCCGCGGCCAUGAGCUCCAUCCUGGACGUCAAUACCCUCUAUCAGAACCUGCUCAACCUGUCACUGAGUGAGGAGCAGGAGGUGUCAUCGUCGGGCCCCCACCUCUCCCGCCGCCACUCGGCCUGCUCGUCGGACACGCCGUACAGCAGCAGCCGCAGCAGCAGCGGGGACCCCUCCCCCGUCUGGCCUCUCCGCAGCCACAAUUCGGUCAGCCUCAUCGAGGGCAAGGCCCUGCCUCCGCCUCCGGGCUUCCCGCCCCUCCGGCUGCCCCCCCUCUCCCCGGCCCCCUCCUCCCGCUACAAGACGGAGCUCUGCCGCACCUACAGCGAGACCGGGCGGUGCAAGUACGGCAGCAAGUGCCAGUUUGCCCACGGGCCCUCCGAGCUGCGCUCCAUCAGCCGCCACCCCAAGUACAAGACGGAGCUGUGCCACAAGUUCUACCUCCACGGGGAGUGUCCCUACGGGUCCCGGUGCCACUUCAUCCACUACCCGGAAGAAGCCCAGCUGCACCAGGGAUCCUCCUCCUCCUCCUCCCCGCAGCUCUUGCGCCAGAGCAUCAGCUACUCCGGGGUGCCCACGGCCUGCCGAUCCUCCCCCCUGCCUAGCAUGCCGGAUCCAGCCUCCUUCGCCCGGGCGUCCUCUGUGUCUCCCCCGCCAGUGUCUGCUGACCUCCUCUCGCCAACCUUCGGGCCCCUGAACUCUGACCCCAUCUCGGUGCUUUCCGCCCUAGGCAACCCUCUUCUCCCCACCUCGGCCGGUGGGGGCUGCUGCUCCUGCCGCUGUGGAAAGUCCCCCCCGAGCCUGGCCAGCCCUUCCCAGACUCGCCGAGACUACUUCCCUGCGGCCCCGGCCGCCCCGGCCGCCUCCGCCCUGCCUCGCACCCCCUCCGCCAACUCCCUCUCCGACCCCGACUGCUACAGCAGCUCCAGUAGCCUGAGCGGCUCCGACUCGCCCGUCUUCGACCUGCAGGCCCCCGGCGGGCUGGCGGGAGGUGCCCACCGCCUGCCCAUCUUCAACCGGCUCUCGGUCUCCGAGUGAGGUGCCUUGCCAGGAGGCGAUGACGACGUGUACACUGGCAUUGCUUUGGUUCACGAUGGCCAGGCUGGCUUGUCCGUCUGCGUGUGUCCGUGUGAUCUCCAGCCUUCUGAGGGAAGAGGGCAUCUGAGUCCCUUCCCGGAUCCAGAGAUCAUCUUCCCCUCAAGCCCUGUCAGUCGAGUCCUCAGCAGAUGGAAGCUGGAACACAGCCAGGAGACUUUCCGUCCGUCCGUCCAUCCGUCCGUUCGCCCCCACGCCUGCCGCCUGCCGCCUUUGGCCACCCAAGUGCCUUCUUUCAGAAAGAAAGACUCGUGUUCCGAUCUGUUUUUCAUCCCACCACAGCGGUGCCUUCAGCUGGCUCAAGGGACUGCCCUGUGGUGGGCAAAGUCGUCCCGGUUUGUGGGGAACAGCAGCGGUUAGCAACUGGAUUGCCCAAAUGACUGAACUCAGCCGCCUCUCUGUUGCCACAGGGGGCCAAUUUUAUCCUGAUUCCCUCAGCGUGGAGCCAAACUUCCCUUCCUCAGGGUUUGUGCUUCUCAACCAUGUGACUCCCUCCCUCCCUUACCUCAGGAGUAGCAACCAGGAAGCAGAGGGCUCCCUCACCGCUUCCCGGAAGAUCCUCACCCCACCUCGUGCCAUCGGACGAAGGAACAGGGUCCUGUGUCUUCCCCGGAGGGAGACGACGGUGGUGGUGCUUCCGUGGCUGGCCUCCAGGCGGGUUUCGGUUCCCCUCCCCUGCCUGCCCGUGUUGCUGGUCAGCUGAAGAACAGCUGCCUUCUGCUGCUCUCCUGCGCCAGACUGCCUAGCCCUGCUUUUUCAGGAAUUGUGCCUUAGGUCCAGAGUGUUGAGAAAACUGGCCCACAAGCUUCCUCGGUCCAGCCAUCCGUCGUAUUUCUCUCUCUCUCUCUCUCUCUCUCUCUGGAGAAACGCCUCUUCUUUUCUCACCUAUGAAGUUCAGUGGUCGAGAGGCUGGGCCGUCUCCCCGUCUGACCAUCUGCAACAUCUUUAGCUGUUCUGUGGAUGGGGAACCUUCUGUACCCCUUAUUCAGGGCUUAAGCAUUAUGCACCUCUUGUUUCCUCCCCCCCCCCCAACAUCCCUGAGGGCUUGAAGGGGGAAACUGGGCAGUUUACCUUUUUUUUUUAAUGCCAUGUUUGUAUGUAGCAGAUUCCUUUCUUUUCCCCCUCAGUGGUAAAGGGGGGAAAGAUCCUUCCUGGAGAGGGCUGGGGAUCUGUCAAGGGGGAUGAUGAUGAGCCAAGGGGCCCCAGUCUUGGCACCCGUAUCCGGCCUUGUUUUCCCGAGGGGGGGUCUCAUCCCAAGUUGCCUCCCUGCUUAGAAUAUACUGUGAAUAAACUCCCUCCCCUGUUUCACACACCCUUGAACGAAAGGACAAGGGGGGGGAAAGGAUACGGGGCCGGGCAGCUACCUUCUGCAAGGCCACCCUCUGUCCUCUCGGCCUUCCUCCUCCAUUUAAGCCUUGGGACAUUCAAGCCCCCGGUAGCAUUUUCAGGUAGGGCUAAGCGAGGGGGCCCGUUCAGUUUCAACCGCCGCUUGGCAAAGUUCCUCUUUUUUGUUUUUUUGGGGGGGCGGGGGGACUGCCAGCUCCACAGUCUCUGAGCGACUCUGGGAGUCACAGCCCAAGGGGGGAAAAGGGCCAUUUGCCAAGCUCUGGACCCCUCCUCCGAAAUUCCCAUGAGAAUUCAGGACAUCAUUUUAACGAGACUCCUUGGAUGCAAACGAGCUCCAAGGCUUGGAUCCAAACUUUGGGCAGACCAAAAGGGCCACGUUCAAGACCACGUUGGACGCAAGCCUUUGGCAGAAAGCAGAUUGUGAGGUCAGGCGAAGAGCCUCCCUCUUCCGACCCAGGCUUAGGCUGAGCGGCUCAGAAUUGCUCGGGUGGACGCCCAGAGUGGGAUGAUGGCCAUUUCCUAGGAAGCCUUGGCCUGAGUCAGACAGGCUGUGAAGCCCUCUUUUCCUAAGCAUUCCGCCCCAGACAUCACCCCGCCCCCGCUGCCUUCCCACUGCCCCCAACCUCUUCCGCUGGCCCUCUUUUCAUCCUCGGUCACAGUCUGGGGGGAGCAGAAAGGCUUGGAAAGAGACACCGGAGAAUGAAUUGGUGGGGGCCCUGUCUUGAAACCGUUGGCUUUGUUGCAGUGUGGGCAGGUAGAGGGAAAGGGGGGGGGGGGUUCAGGAUUCAGAGUGGGCAAUGCAGGGGCCCCCUGCCUUUAUUUCAAGUCAAGAUAGAUACUUUGAACAAACAGUAUUUUAGCUUCCAGAUCAAACCUGCAGCCAAGACAGUAAAAGCACGCCCCCCCCCCCUUGCCAGAUAACAUUGACCCAAGGGAAAGAUCCCAAUUAGGCAGCUCCUUCCUUGUGCCUUUUUGCACUCACUUUGCACUGAUGAUAAAUGCCAUGACCAAAAAACAAGAGACCAGCAGAGUCUGGAGAAAAGGGGGUGAGGCUGUUGGGUGGGAGAGGGGUAGCUUUCUUCAAGAGUCAGGUCGAUGCUAACCACCUGCAUAUCAUUUUUGCAGGGCGUAUGAGUGUGUGUUUAUUUUCGUUGAUUUUUUUUUGAAAAAAGAAACUCAUUGUUUACCUUGUAAAGUGAUCAGAAAACCCCAAAUAUAUACUAUUUAUAGACUA